AUGGCAAUAGACUCGGGAUCGGCAUACCCGCGGGAAUCUAGGUGUGACUCCGAACAAGACAGGAUCCGUGAUCUAUCAAGAUAUUAUUGUACAUUUGAUUCAGAUCCACAAUCCACCAGCAGCCCUCGUCUCUCGCCUGACUCUACACUAACUGCCUUGGCACAACUCGGGGUUUUUCGAUUUGGAUGUAACCGUUCGUUCGUUUCCAUCAUUGACGGCGAGUCGCAGCAUCUUAUUGCGGAAGCAACGGCAUCGGUCUCUUUACGCAAUGAAGAUCGACAUCUCCCAAACGAUGGCAUAUAUCUGGGUGUUCGGACCCUCGAUCUAGAAUGGGGUGUUUGCCCCCACGCCAUACGUCUUUUCACAGGACAGGACCCCUCACGUGUCAAGGACUCGGAAAAUAUAACCGCCAAUCGAACACGCAACAUCAUUCGCGACUUCACAACAGAAGACUUUUACAAAGACCGCCCUUACGUUCUGGAUUGGCCCUACUUUCGCUUCUAUGCUGAAGUGCCUUUAUAUAGCCCUUCUGGCUAUGUGCUGGGCUCAUACUGCGUGGUGGACAAUAAAACGCGCACAACAUUUGGAGACGAGGAAGUCGUUGCUCUCCAGGAGAUUGCAGAUGCCAUCUCUCAGCACCUUGAGAAUGUUCGAGUCGCUCAUUACCACCAUCGUGCGGAAAAUUUGGUCAAAGGCUUGACUAAUUUUGUCAAAGGACACUCAUCUGACCUUCCAGAUCAUCUCGACCAACUUGCAGCUCCGGAAACGCUGAACUUCCAUAACCUGAACUUUACAAAUAGAGCCAUCAAUUCGAAUCAGCCGGACACAUCGGCCUCAACAAGUAAAUCUUCUAACACUAAGUCGACCUUGGAUCGAUCAUCCUUGGCAACCAAAGAUGAAGUGAUUUCUCUUUUCUCGGAGGCGAAAGGCUCGGAAAUGACACGGCAGACUAGCCAGCCAUCAUCGCUUGCCCCAGGCUCUCCGGAAUCAGCAGAACUACUAUGCUCAAACGAGUGCUUUGACCCAGAGGCAGCGACGGAUGAAGUGCCCAUUGCAGAACGUGUUGCUGCGAUAUUUUCCCGUGCUAGUGACCUACUCAGAGAAUCAAUGGAUCUGGAUGGUGUAGCCUUCCUUGAUGCACGUCAAGGUGACUCGAAAUUUGACCUUAGUGAUGAUUUUGGAAACGGAGAGUCUCCCAAUUUUGCAGACUCUAGACCUGUGAUAAAUCUAGAACCUUGGGCACUGGGCAAUCCCGCUGAAAUAACGCCAGAUAAUAAGGAGAGCCUGUGUCGCCCAUUGGACUGCCUGACCACCGAUCCUCUCAUACCAGGGUCCGACCUCACCCUUUCGGAAGACUUUCUACGCACAUUGAUUCAAAACUUCCCAAGCGGUCACAUUUUCAACCUCGACGUUGAACCUUGCGAGCCACAGACCUUGGAACAGAAGGCUUCUAGCCAUCUUGCGGAGAAGCUCCCAGGCGCAAAGUCGGUACUUUUCAUCCCCUUGUGGGAUUGGAAUAAAUCACAUUGGCUAGCAGGAACACUGGUUUGGACACGGCAAAGUUGCCGUCCUCUAGGCAUGGAAGAAUUGCAUUAUUUCAAAGUGUUUGGUGAUUCUAUCAUUUCUGAGGUGUCUCGGGUACAUUGGUCGGCGACCGAGAGGUCCAAAUUUGAUUUUGUGUCUUCAAUCAGUCACGAGCUUCGCUCUCCAUUGCACGGUAUACUCGGGAGCGCAGAAUUGCUUCAGACCAUGCCUCUUCAGCCCUCGCAGCAAGAAAUGGUCAAGAUGAUAGACACCUCAGGCUUGGCAUUGCUUAACACUAUUGAUCACCUACUGGAAUAUUGCCGGAUCAAUGAUUUGGCAACCGGGGGGAGACCGGACAAAAACAGGUCCCAAAGGGAGAUGGCUAGACAAGAAUCCCACUUUGACCUCGGCACAUUAGUGGAAGAAGUUGCGACCGCUGUUUGUGCUGAUAAAAAAACACGAUUCGUCUCCGCUCUCGCAAAUGAAUCUAAAGCCGGAUCCGAAGUCGCCGCGGGCCCCCAAAAUGACAGCAACAAUGAAGUUUCAGUAGUCUUGAGGGUCGACCAGCCCGGCCUUUGGGCAGUGCGAUCGGCGGCCAGUGCCUGGAGAGGUAUACUCCUCAAUCUUAUUGGCAACUCGAUGAAGUGGACUGAGAAAGGCCUCAUCGAGAUCACGUUGUGCAAGAUGACACCUGACACAACGGACGAACCAUGCCUUGCUCACUUAUGUGUCAAAGACACUGGCAGUGGAAUCUCACGAGACUACCUCAAGAACCGGCUAUUUUCUCCUUUCGCCAAAGAAGACUCUCUAUCGCCAGGUGUUGGCCUUGGCCUCAGUAUCGUCCGCAAGUUUGUCAGAACCCUAGACGGUGAAAUCGAUGUCAGAAGCGAGGUGGGUGCAGGCACACAAGUGGACAUCCGCAUACCCGUCAAAUACCCAAGAAAACCUCAUCCUGCCGAGGUAGAGGAUAUGCCUUCACUUCUAGCAACAUCGACUACAUCAACUCCAGUCCGAGCAUGUCUGAUUGGCAUACAUGGCCAACCGGAAUUGGAUGAUAUACCAACUGGGAUCCUAACCGUGGACGCGAAACGGAAGUUAUCAAUUCAAAACGCGCUUUUUGAUGUGUUUAUGUCACAGUUGGGGUGGAUUCUAACGUCAGCAAAAUUUCCUCGCCAGGAGCAUGGCGAUGUUGCAAUAAUUGAAGGCGCAGAUCUUCAUGUAAUGCUGGCCAAUGGACUAUUGGCGACGGAUUGCGAAGAAGUCUCAAAAUUCUUCAUUGUCCUCGAUGGAAGGACAUCGCCUCUGACUGAUGAAUUGCCUCCAAAUUUCAUACGCGUGUCGCAGCCAUUUGGACCAAAGUCUCUCCAUGAUGCUGCAGCAAGACUUCUUAAAGUCUUCAAGACGCCACUUGCGCUGGCGACAACAGAAUUAGCACCGAUCAUUCCAUAUACAGCUCUACAGAAUUUGGACCUAAAAACACAGCAAAGCUCUAAGAAUACAUCAGCGACGCUCGCAUCCGGAUGUGAAACUGCGAUCGCCAAUCCUCCCGAACAGGCUGAUAUCAGUGAACCCCAAACCGAGGAUCAACCCAAACCCGCAAAUGUCCUUAUUGUGGAUGAUAAUCCUAUCAAUCUCAAGAUCAUGUCCACAUUCAUUUGCAAAUUCGGAUGCCGGUUUGAAACCGCAUUAAACGGACUAAUAGCUCUCGAAAAGUAUGAGACUGCUGAUCAACCAUACGACUUUGUCUUGAUGGAUAUUUCCAUGCCCGUAAUGGAUGGACUCGAGGCAACAACAAGAAUACGUGAGCACGAAGUCGAAAAUAAGCUCAAACCGUCGUGCAUCAUUGCUAUUACGGCUGUUGCUUCGAGUGAUAUACAGGAUGCUGCUUUCAAGGCUGGGGUCAAUGACUAUCUGAUCAAACCGCUAUCUCUUGACAGACUUCGUGAACUAAUUCGGGUAUGA